AAAACACCACGUCUCUGUCUCCACUCCUCACACUCCUAACACGUUUAUUGGAUCACACUAUCAAACACGUGCCUAUGGCAGCCGCUUGGAGGAAGGUGGCUCCUUGGAUGCUGGAUGCGAGAUGCUGGCACAUCUGUGAACCAUCACAUUGGGACAGAUGUUGUGAUGUUCAGAGAUUGCCGUGGACAUUCACCAAUGGAGGACCGCGAAUUGGGCGGAAUGUUGUAAAACUAACCAAUGAUGUCCGCGAUGAAAGAACGCACCGAAAUGGUCCAUGGGAAAUUGUAGUCCAGUGACACAUCUCGUCAAUGCGCUGACUCCACAUUCCGAAUGGGUCGUACUACAACUCACAGGAGUCUGAGUUUGUUGUUUGAGAAGUGUGGUAGAGAGGAAGAUGAGGAUUCAUCUGCAGAUUGUGGUGUAGCAUCAAUGGCUGCCCGAGUUCACUCCCCAGGACCUGUGCUGGAUUAUGAGCUGCAGUAAGAACACUCGCUACAAUCGUUUGUCAGGAGGCGCCGCGGUCGCGACUGCCGCCACCACCGGCGUCAUCCCCAUCACCAGUGUUUCCUCAGCAGACGACAUCAACGGGAAUAGAAUGGAAGCGACUUUUGGACCUACGUUUUCGGCAGUUGCUCCAGUUUCAAAAGGGGAGACCUCCAACAGCUUCAAGCAGCACCGCAGGACCCCUUCAUCCUCCAGCACUCUGACCUACUCUCCCCGUGACGAUGAUGACAUGCCCCCCAUCAGCACCCCUCGCCGCUCGGACUCGGCCAUCUCUGUGCGUUCGCUGCACUCCGAGUCCAACAUGUCUCUGCGCUCCACGUUCUCUCUGCACGAGGAAGAGGAGGACGCGGAGCCCCAGGUGUUUGCGGAGCAGCCCUCGGUGAAGCUGUGCUGCCAGCUCUGCUGUAGUGUCUUCAAGGACCCCGUCAUCACCACCUGUGGGCACACCUUUUGCAGGCGAUGUGCCUUGACUUCAGAGAAGUGUCCGGUUGACAACUCCAAGCUAACGGUGGUUGUGAACAACAUUGCUGUGGCGGAGCAGAUCGGCGAGCUCUUUGUGCACUGCAAGUACGGCUGUGGGCCUGCAGCCUCCGGGAAGGCUGGUGCCUUUGAGGUGGACCCCCUAGGAUGCCCAUUCACCAUCAAACUCAGCACCCGGAAAGAGCAUGAGGUGAGCUGCGACUACCGGCCGGUGCGCUGCCCCAACAACCCCAGCUGCCCUCCGCUGCUCACCAUGAACCUGGAGGCCCACCUGAAGGAGUGCGAGCACAUCAAGUGUCCCCACUCCAAAUACGGGUGCACCUUCAUCGGCAACCAGGACACCUACGAGACCCACCUGGAGGUGUGCAAGUUUGAGGGCCUCAAGGAGUUCCUGCAGCAGACGGACGACCGCUUCCACGAGAUGCAGGUGACGCUGGCCCAGAAGGACCAGGACAUCUCCUUCCUGCGCUCCAUGCUGGGCAAGCUCUCAGAGAAGCUCGACCAGCUCGAGAAGAACCUGGAGCUCAAGUUUGAUGUUCUGGACGAGAACCAGAGCAAGCUCAGCGAAGACCUGAUGGAGUUCCGCAGGGACGCCUCCAUGCUCAAUGAUGAACUGUCACACAUCAAUGCCAGAUUAAAUAUGGGCAUCCUAGGAUCUUACGACCCACAGCAGAUCUUCAAGUGCAAGGGCACAUUUGUGGGCCACCAGGGUCCUGUGUGGUGUCUGUGCGUCUACUCCACAGGAGACCUCCUCUUUAGCGGCUCCUCUGACAAAACCAUCAAGGUGUGGGACACCUGCACCACCUACAAGUGUCAGAAAACAUUGGAGGGGCACGAUGGCAUCGUGCUGGCCUUGUGCAUUCAGGGGAACCGUCUCUACAGCGGCUCAGCAGACUGCACCAUCAUUGUUUGGGACAUCCAGACGCUACAGAAAGUGAACACCAUUCGGGCUCAUGACAACCCCGUGUGUACGCUGGUCUCCUCGCACAACAUGCUCUUCAGCGGCUCUCUGAAAGCCAUCAAGGUGUGGGACAUAGUGGGCACAGAGCUGAAACUGAAGAAGGAGCUGACGGGUCUGAACCACUGGGUCCGAGCUCUGGUAGCCUCUCAGAACCACCUCUACAGCGGCUCCUACCAGACCAUUAAGAUCUGGGACAUCCGCUCCCUGGAGUGCGUGCACGUGCUGCAGACGUCAGGUGGCAGCGUCUACUCUAUCGCCGUCACCAACCAUCACAUCGUCUGUGGCACCUAUGAGAACCUCAUCCACGUGUGGGACAUAGAGUCUAAGGAGCAGGUGCGUACCCUGACGGGUCAUGUGGGGACCGUGUAUGCCCUGGCGGUCAUCUCCACUCCGGACCAGACCAAAGUCUUCAGUGCCUCCUAUGACCGCUCCCUCAGGGUGUGGAGCAUGGACAACAUGAUCUGCACUCAGACGCUCCUGAGGCACCAGGGCAGUGUGACGGCGCUGGCCGUCUCCAGAGGACGCCUCUUCUCUGGAGCCGUGGACAGCACAGUUAAGGUGUGGACCUGCUAAAGGAAGUUGGCCCAGACACUGCUAGCAAUGUCACAGACGAUGACCGGCUACCAGCAGACACAGAUUAUGGACUCUAAUAACACUUCAGACUCACUUCAUUGGCAUACUGUGCCACCUCACAGUAACACUUCAGGAAAGAAACACUUUUUUUCCAAGCAGGUUUUUAAAGGAUCCAAAAAUUCACUUCCAGGACUACAGGACUAUUCUGAUCUUCAGAUGACAUUGAACAUGAUUUGUUUUGGGGAGGGGUUGAAUGCCAAAAGGAAUUCCGUUGGCCGCGGAGAAUCGUGGAAGAUCUGUGCAGUGCAUCGUGGGAACAGCUGAAACAGGGCUGGACUGUUUGCCUUAAUAAAUGCAUGUUGGGGGUCCCCUAACAAACACGGUGACCUUGCUUCGUUGGGACGCAACUUCCUGUCACCAAAACCAUUUUCUUUUUAAAAUAUGAACACCAAACGCCAUGUCGGAUCAUGUUCAUGAGAACCGUUGUUUUAACACUUUGUAAAUAAUAAGUCCUUACUUUCCAAUCAUGAGAGAGACAUGAAUUUUAAACCUGGACCUUAAAGACAAAAAGGUGAGACAGAGAAAAAGAGAAAGAGAGACAGACAGAGAGAGAGAGAGAGAGAGAGAGAGAGAAAAGAAGACAUGGAAAGCUUGUGUGAUUCUGGAACACAGCGACACGGAGAGUAUGGCUUUCAGGGUGCUCAGCACCUGAGGCUGUGCUUCUCUCUGGUAUGGGGAGAAAAUGGGAGUGCAGUGUCCUACGUCAGAGACAAGUAAGCUCCCGCAUACUGUCCACAUUUGGGGUGUAAUGGCGACGUUUCUGUCUAUUGACCUUCUUCAAGCAAUUGCAUAAUGAAUGGCUUGCUACUAGACUGAAACGUCACUCACUACUAAAUGCUGCAAAUGUGGGCAGUGUGCAGAAGCUUACCUGUCGUCUCUAAUGUGGGUGACCCAGGGGUUCCCCUCUUACGCACCUGGCCAAAGGAUGUGUGCAAGAACUCACUAAAGAACUUGAGACCUGACAGGUGCAGCUCCCAGUGCCUGUUUCCACAGACGCCGAUGCCAUGGCAGUAUUCUUCUCAGACUCCGACCAGUCAUCUGUACAGUGUAGUCCUACAGUGCGUUGUGUCUACGCUGUAAUUCUCUUCCCCUGACUUGUGCUUGGGGGGGUUAUUUGCUCAUGUGACCUAAAAUGCAGUUUUGCUUUUUUGUUUUGUUUGUUUUUUUUAAUGUUCAUGUGUGCCUGCAACCAAUGCACUCCUGUUACCAUGUGUGCUCCUUGACUGUUUGACAGUUAUACACACAUGCGUACACCCAUGCGAUACGCACUCCUUCUCAAAACACACACCACUGCACCACCCCACCCUUUUUAGACUGGCUACACCUAAACACACAAAAACACAAUCACUCAGAGACAGAACACUUUGGUCAUAACAGGUAGAGUAAAGUGGCUUUAUGGUGGGAGCCGUGGGUUUGCAAAGCCCUGCUGUUGCAAGUGUGGGUUACAUCAUGACAGGUCGGCUUGCUGCUUUACAAAAGUAGUCAUCGGGCCCAGUCGUGGCUCAAUCGGCUGGGCACCGAACUGCUACGCCGGCAACCCGGGUUUUAUUCCGGCCCGAGGUCAUUUGCCAAACGUUCCCCGUCUUGCUCUUCCCACUCAUUUCCUGUCCCUCUGUAACUGUCCUGUGACAAUAAAGGCAUAAAAAGCCCAAAAAAAUAUCAUUAAAAAAGUAGUCAUCAGAUCAGUCAUCAGAUUUAAGGCAUGUCAAAGAAUCCAGAAAUGAAUUGGAAUUCCCAAGUCUAUGACCACCAUGGGAGGUGAGAGACAUUUGGGGGGGGGGCAAAAGUUUAUGAAAAAACGGAACAGAACCAGGAAUGGCUGGUAAAGUGCUACUAUGUGUGGCCUUGCCUUGGCCUUUGUAAGCUUAAGUUCACAUUCCCCUCUACGUUCCACCUGGAUCGGGUCUUCUGGGGCAAUAUUACUUGUGUUACCAGACAACAGGACCGAGGAAGGGAUCUAGCAAUUGGUUCCACAGCUUUGCCAGUGCAGUGUGCCAUGUAUUUUUCACGUCUGUCAACAUUUCAUGUCUGAUUUGCCAGGCUACCCUCUCCCCUGUAAUCGAAAUGUCAGUUCUGUCAGAACCAUUUCAGUCAAGAAACACAAGACAAGAAUAUAAAUGAAUUUCUUUUAUUGAAAUCAUGAAUUACAUUUGGCGGUAUAGCUCUGUUCGGAGGAACCCCCCUAUUUCCAUGAGCAGCAUGGAAAAGCAUUUAGUCAGGGGGCAGCAGCAGUUUAGGGAAUUCUCACCCCAGCAGGACAGGGCGAGAGAUAACCCCCCAUGAACAGAGCCAAGCGACGUGACAAGAGAACAUGUCACAUCAUACACGACAAGGUGGAGCAGGGGAGGUGGUGGGUAGCAAAAACCGAGCAGCAUACAGUUGAGAGGAAGUGGAUAGAAUUUAAAAGGCGUGCCGAAGCCCUGUGGCCAA